CUAGUUUCAGUACUCGUGCCAGAUUGUCGCUGACCUUUUGCGACCAGCAAGCCAGGCAGAUUAAACCAGGAUUAAACGCCACAACGCCAACACUGCCAACACGGAAACGACGUACUCUUGCCUGUAUCCGCCAUUAUAACAUAUCUUUGUCAAAAGCAAACUGUUUCGGGUUCGUGCAGAGGCGGGGUCCUGAGAGUUUCCAGCCAGGGGCUGCGCCGCUGCUUGAUUGACCACAAUGAACGCGUUAUUAUCACAGAAACCUCUUUCCACCAUUGGAUCGCUAGACGGCCGCUCGCAGAGGCGCCAUCGAUACCAUCGCGCGUUGCAACACCCCAAGCGUCUUCCGGGGCUCGGUCGAACCGGACCUAUAGACUCCUCUCAUGGCCCUCGCUGCUCGGCACACCUUCCCAGUGGGCCGCUUCCAACGGCCGCUGGCUCGCGGCCUCUCGCGGCGCCCCAUCCACGCGGCUGCUCCAUCAUCACGUCCGGCUCUUCCUCGCUGGACUCCGGACUCACCACCAGUAGCUCGGCAAGCAGCAGCAGCACCGGCAACGGGCCGCCAGUGGAGCCUGUGGACGUGCUGAUUGUGGGCGCGGGGCCGGCGGGCCUGGGCACCGCGCUCAUGCUAGCGAAGCGGGAGCCAUGGAAGCGCAUUGUGCUGCUGGAGCGCAGGCCCUCGCUAGAGACGGAGGAGGCCGACAAAUCGUACGUCUACAUGAUUGACCACCGCGGCCGCACGCUGACUGACGAGGCGGGCGUGACGGAGGCGGUGUAUGAGGCGGGCGUGGCGCCCAAGGCCAUCGAGUUCCUGCAGGUCCUGCCGGACGGCAGCUCCAGGACUCGGCUACUACCGCUCAAGGACGAGAUGAGCAGUAACGUGUGGCUGCCGCGUCGUGCCUUCCUGCGCGCCCUGCACUCCGGGCUGGCCAAGCACGAGGCCAGCGGCCGCGUACGGCUACUGCACUCCACAGAGGUGACCUGCAUCGCACUGCCGCAGCCGCAGCCGGCUGUAGCAGCGGCUGUAGCCGCACCAGCGGCCGCGGCUGUAGCGGUGGCCGCGGGAAGCGGCGGCGGCGGCAGCAGUAGCAGCAGCGGCAGUAGCAGCAGCAGUAGCAACGGCCAUCAGCACCACCACCACCACCAGCAGCAGCCCCAGCAGCACCGUAUCUUGGUCCAGGCCACGGACUAUGCGAGCGGACGGGCCAUGGCGUUUGCGCCGCGGCUGCUGGUGGGCGCGGACGGCGUCAACAGCGAGGUGCGCAAAGCGCUUGAGGACUGGGCGGCACGUGGAGACUCCCCCGCAGGCACCACCGCCUCAGCUCCCUCCUCAGCUCCCUCCUCCUCCUCCACCACCACCACCUCCUCUACGCCGCUGCGGCCUCCUCGCUCCGCCUUCCAGCCUGUGGUGCUGGACUCACCAUCAGCCGGACUGCGGUUUAAGGUGCUGCAGCUGCCGCCCAAUGCGCCCUUCCGCAAGCCGCCGGCCCCCGGCGCGGCCGCGUCUCCCGCCUCGGCCUCGGGGUCCGCCUCGGCCGCUGCUACAGCCUCGCCCGGCAGCAGCCACAGCCACGGCCACGGCCACAACGGCGGCAGUAGCAGCGGCGCCCCUGGCAGUAGCGCUGUCGGCCCGGCGCUUGACGCGGGAACCGCUUCCACUUCGGAGUCGGGGCACGGGCAGGGGCAGGGGCAGGGGCAGGGGCACCACUCGGCGCCCCACCACGCCUCCGGGUUAGCUACUGCGCACCAGAACGCGGCGGGCUUCCUGGACAAUAGCAAGUUCGGCAAGGUUUUGGGCAUCAAGGCGCCGCGGCACCGGUCCAUGGCGCUGGGUCUGUUGCCGCUGAGGGACCCUCACGCCCCACGCACAGCCAACGUCAUCUCCCCCGCCACUCACGACUUCUGGAGCUGCUGCACCGGGCCCCAGCUCCGAGACUUCCUGCAGGAGUCGUUCCCCCAGCUGGACAUCGGCUCACUGCUGACCGAGGCUCAGCUGGAGGCGGCGGCGGGCGCACGCGGCGGCGUGUUCCCCCCGCCCCAGUACCUGCGCCGCUUCACAGCCGUCCUGCCGCCGCCGCCGCAGCACCAGCAACAGCCAAGCGCCGCGGCCGCUUCGGAGGGCCACGGCCACGGCAGCAGCAGCAGCAGCAGCAGCAGUAGCAGUAGCAGUAGCAGUGGUGCUGGCAGUAGCAGCGGUGCUGGCAGUAGCGCGGGGCCGGCGGCGGCGGCAGCAGCUGCCGCGACGUGCGGUGUGGCUCUAGUGGGCGAUGCGAUCCACUGCUUCCCGCCCGACCUGGGGCAGGGCGUGAACAGUUCGCUGGCGGAUGUGCUGGUGCUGGCGCGGUCGCUGGACGAGGCGGGCGGUGACCUGGCAGCCGCACUGCCACUGUACGAGUCGCGACAGGCGCCCGAGGCGGCGGCGCUGGCACAGCUCAUGACAUUCAGCUACCCCUACCAGUACAACCAGGACCCGCUGGCCAAGGCGCUGUGGACCGCCAACUUCCUGCUCCGCACCGCGGCGCACCGCUUGGCGCCAUGGGCCUUCAGCCAGCACUCCUUCCUGCUGGUGCAGCAGCCCGGACUCAGCUACCAGCAGAUCCUGGAGCGGGCCCACGCCACCACCACUCGCCUGUGCGCGCUGGCGGCGGCGCUGGCGGUGGCGGCGGCGGCCUGGGCGGUGCGCGCGCUGGCGGCGGCGGCUGCCACCGGCGGCGCUGUGGUGGCGGCGUGAGGGCGCCUGUGAGGGUGUACGGCCUGGGAGGGCCUGGGAGGGCGUGGGAGUGAGAGGGAGAGGGAGCGAAAGGGCGUGGGAGUGGGAGUGGGAGUGGGGGGGCGUGGGAGGGCGUGGGAGUGGGGGGGCGUAUGAGUUCGAGGGCGUGAGGGCUGGAGGGCGGCAGGGUGGGACGUCACGGUGGGACGUGCGUGGCGGGCGCGUGUGCAUUUUUUGUGAGAGCGAGAGGAGUGCAGGUGCAGGCGAGAGGGCGUGGUUGGGGCUUUGGGUGGGUGCAGCGGGGGUCGUGUGGGCGCCGCGCGGGGUUGGCUGUGGACGCGUGCUGGCGAUGGCGCUGGCGGCCGGGGCGUGUGUGCGGGAGCGUGGCCAGCAGGGGGCGUGUGGGGUUCAUUGUGGCGUGUGGUGUGACGAGAUGGAUGGCCCACACGUGUCAGUAGCCCAUGGCUGCAGGACGGGCUGGUUGGCUGGUUGGUGGUUGGUGUGCGCACGUUGGGUUGCCCGUUGUGUGGACGUGUGGCCGAGGGGCCAUUGGCUGCAGUAGUGGGUAUGCAGUUGGAGCGGUAUGGUUUACAGUUGGAGCAGUUUCAGCGGUGUCGAGCUGCAAUGUAUGCGGCGGGUCUAUCUGCAUCAGGGGGCGCAUUUGCCCACAGCGGCGGGGCGGCGGGGGAGGCGGCGGUGCUGCUGUGAAUAAAUGACAUACUGAAAAUGAUGUGCUGCUGGCGGGCCUCUCGAUCCCUGCUGGGCCGAUCCCGGGACCGGCGGAUGCGUCUCCUCUUUGUCUUUGCUGCUGUUGCCACGCCCUGCAAAGAGCCUUGAUGCACAUACAAUCAAUGACAUUUCUGAUCGCUUAACAAGUUGUAAGAAUACAUGACG